UUGGAAAGAGGGGCGUUGAAGAGGGACCGCUCUUUUGCAAAAAGCGUCCCAAGCUUUACGCACGGCGCGCCUCCUCUUCUUUUGGUUUGUGAGCGUUGAUCCCGUUUGCUAUCCUUCCCAGUUCCUCCUCCUCCUCCUCCUUUUUCCCCUCCUCUUCCUCCUCCCCUCCUUCCUCCUCUUCUUCCCCCUCCCCUUCCUGGCUUGGAGACCCUUCCCUUCCCUGGAAAGAGAGGCCUUGAAGAGAGACAGCUCCUUUGCUAAAGUGUGCCAAGCUUUACGCACCAAGCUUUACGCACGGCGCGCCUCCUCUUCGGGUUUGUGAGCGUUGAUCCCGUUGGCUGUCCUUCCCAGCUGCUCCUCCUCCUCCUCUUCCUCCUCCUCCUCCUCCUCUCCCCCCUCCCUCCCUCCCUUUGGGCUCUGCUCUCGGUCGGCCAUGGCGCAGGAGGAGGAGGGCGCGGGCGGCGAGAGCGGCGGGCUGCUGCUGGAGCUGGUGAGCUCCCCGCUGAACCUGAGCCUGCUGGGCCUCUGCCUCUUCCUGCUCUACCAGAUCCUGCGCGGGGAUCGGGGCCGGGCCCAGGCCGAGGGCGAGGAGGACGCGCCCCCGCCGCUGCCCAAGCUCCGCCGCCGGGACUUCACCCUGGCCCAGCUCAGGCCCUUCGACGGCGCCCAGAACCCGCGCAUCCUCAUGGCCAUCAACGGGAAGGUCUUCGACGUCUCCCGCGGGAGGAAGUUCUACGGACCCGAGGGCCCUUACGGGAUCUUUGCCGGGAGGGACGCGUCCAGAGGCCUGGCCACCUUCUGCCUGGACAAAGAAGGGCUGAAGGAGGAAUAUGACGACCUCUCCGACCUGGACGCCACGCAGAGAGAGACGCUGAGCGACUGGGAGCAGCAGUUCACCUUUAAAUACCACUAUGUCGGCAAACUGCUGAAGGAUGGAGAAGAGCCCACCGUGUAUUCGGAUGGAGAAGAAACAAAAGAAGAUCAAGAUCGCAAGAACGAUUAGCCAAGUCGGGGAAGACCGCUCUGAAGACGGUUGGGUUGGUUUUAGUAAUUUUUUUUUUAAACAAAACAAAAAUCAAAGGACUUUGUGUCACAUUCCGGUUCGAUUCUCCCAACACUUUUGAUUUCUCAGCCCUGUUUUCAGAAAUGGUACGACUCAAUGCAUCUUAAUUAAUCCGUAUUCCCAAAUGAACUCUGCCAAUGUUCUGAAAUAGAAGCGGUGCAAAUCCAAUUGGCAUUGAAUCAAAGCACACCGGGCAUUAAAGUCCCAUUAGAAACACACCGCCUUGCUGGUUGGUGCCACUGAACAGCAACUGGGUCGGGACUUUGUUCCAAAACACGUAAUAUGUAAUUAUACACUACGGCGACCAAAAGUUCUCCCGCAUCUUCUUUGUCUCCAAUUACCAUUCCUUUUGCAACAUUAUUUUGUAAUGACCUGCAUACUUAAUCUUUCCCACCAGACUUAUUUACCAUUCACGAGCCCCUGCUUUUGGUUUGUGCAGAGUUCAGGCCAAAUCGUUGCAAAUAUGAACGGUUUGCAAACAAAAACAAAGUAAACAUAACUUUCAAAUGCGCUUCUUUACGAAUAAGUAGAACACCUUGUUGACAUGCAGAGCUGCAUCAUCCAAGCGGCCUAGUUUGUUUAUCUUUCACACACAUCUUCAGUAUUGAUUACAUCUUGGUUCAGCCUGGUUUAAGUGGGUUAAAUCCUACACACAGCAAUGUAUUGUAGUUAUGACAUGUUAGUGGAGAUGAACAUCAGUUGCAAAACGGAGAUUGUUGGCUGAGCUUUGGGCAUAGGCCUUGCUCCAUUGUGCCAUUCAGAGUGGCCAUAGGUGGCAAAUGGACUUGGGAGAGAAUACUUCCAAAAUAAUCAGUUUGAAUUAAUUCACACUGGUGUAGGAAAUCCAAAAUAGUGAUGGUAGAUGCAUUAUUAUUUUUUAUUCUUUGGGGUUCUGCUUUCAUUUUGCGCUAUUCAAAACAAUAACACUCGUCUCCACCGUAAAUACAAACACCAAUUGCGCAUCUACGCUUCUUCUAAGAUCUUCUUCUAUAGGGUUUCCUUAUUUUAUUUUUUGCUUAUUGGUAAUCACUAGGCCUUAAAGACAGACAGGUAGCUGACUGGAGUGUUGAUCUACCUCUGGGAAGUUUCUAAGCUAAUUGAUAGUAAGAUAAGCAUUCUUUUGUGUUGCCGUGUCUUUCCUGUUUUGAAGCUUAAGUUGCAGCCAGGCUUUAGAAUCUGCUGCUUCGAGGACAACAAACUUGUAUUUUGUUUGUUUUUAAGAGACAUUGAAUAAAACCUUGCUAGAAAUACAA